AGGAUCAAAUGCGGUUAUAAGGACUGUCGGAGGUUUUUCAGAAUCACUUAUAUUCCAUCAGCUGUAUUCGAUGUUCCGAUUUCUGCUACUGUUGAAAAUUUAAAUGCUUUAGUUAACAAAGCAAUAUGCUCUGCAAAUGGGUCCUGGAGUGAUAAACGAUUUGAGCUUCUUAUCGGGGAAACAUUCGUUCGUUCAUCACUGGCAGAGUUCAUUGAGGAGUACAGCGUUGAGACUGAGACUGUUCUAAAGAUUGAAUGUAUACUCGGGAAAGAGACUCCCAAACCACUUCAUGACAUCUCUGCACCGGACUGGAUCUCUUCCAUUGCUAUUUCUUCUUCUUAUUUAUUCGCAACGACGUAUAGUGGUGAUGUCAUCAUAAUUGAUAGUAAUGGUAAGAAAGUGCUUGAGAAUCAACGGGAUAAAGGAAGCGCUCUAAAAUGUAGUGUUCUCAUGCACAAGGAUAUAGGUGGGUUUCGUUGUCUUCUAAAAUAUUCUUUUGUUAACAAACUAGAAGACACUUCAGAACCCAAAAAACUGGAAGGUCAUCAAAUUGUUUCUGGUGGUGAGAACCAAAUAUUAACUUUGUACGAAGUCGAAAGUAGCGCCAUGAUCCCAAAGACUGUUUUUCGAGGGCACGAGCGAAGUGUUGAAUGUGUAGACGUUAAUAAAGAAUGUAGUCGUCUAGUAUCUGGUGACCAAGCAACAGUUUUUGAAAAAGACGCAGAUGGUGACCAGAAUCCCAAGAAGAGAAAAGAAAAUUUUGUCACUAAGGUGAAGUUUGUUUCUUGUUCAACAGAAAGGCUGUUCAGAAAUGAGCGGAAUGUAAAACAAAAAUGUCAAGGCGUUUCUGAGGCUGAAUAUUACUAUUUUAUUCACAAGGACGCUGUGGUUGGUCUUCGAUGGUGUUCUUGGAAUAGCAGUCAGGUUAUAUCGGCGUCUUGGGACCACUGUAUUGCUUUAUGGGACUUACAACUUGCGGGAGAGGUUUCCCGAAUUCGUGGAUCAAAGUCGUUCACCAGCAUCGACGUUAAUAAGAAAUCUGGUUUGGUCAUUAGUAGCAGUACGGAUGCGGUUCCAAGACUUUAUGACUGCCGUAGCCAUGAUGGUUCUUUGGUGAAGCAAUCAUUCAUUGGUCAUACUGGUUGGGUAUCAUGCGUUAAAUGGAGCCCUCGCGAUGAAGUGUGUUUUGUGAGUGCAUCCUUCGAUAAAUCAAUGAAGAUGUGGGAUAUUCGGUCAUCUAAGACGUCACUGUUCGACUUACAUGGUCAUGAUGACCGUGUUUUGUGUUGCGCAUGGGGCGAUGGUGUCGUCGCGAGUGGAUCAGCUGAUAGCACAAUUAAAGUGUUUUCUACACCAUAG